GAUAGGUCUGUCUUAAAUCCUAGAUUUAAUUAAUAUUUAAUUCAUUAAACAAAUUGACCAAUAUUAUUAUACAAAAAAAAUGGUUACACUGACUGUUGUUAUGAUAACGCAUUCUUAUUAGAUAACAUAUUUAUUUAAAUCCUAACAAAAAUAUAAACUUUAAUAUUUGUAUUUCAAUUUAAAAACUAAGUAGAGGUAAACUUAAAUGCAUUAUUAGGUUAUAAGUUUUAUUAGUUUAUGACCAGUAUUGAAUGAAUAUUCUACAAUUAAAAGUAAAAUCAUAUUAAUAUGUGAAAAAAAGGUGGUAAGUAAAUAUUACAUAUUUUAUUUUACAAAUUGCAUUCCUGUGCAAUGGGAAUUUAUAUUACCUACUUCAAAAAUAGAGUAUUAUUUUUCUAUGUAAAUUUAUUUUAAAAUAUGUUUGAUUAAAUAUAAUUAAAAUAGACAUUUUAAUAAAUAAGGUAUUAUUCAAAUGAUAAUUAUUAUUUUUAUUAAAAACUUUUAACUGUUUUGUAAGUAUACUCUUUAAAAAUUAUACCUUCAAUAAAUUAAACAGUGUGUAAGAAGAACACGUCAGUUUUCUAAUUUGAAAUUAAAAAAUUAACAUUCAUACCACUCUAGUGGUUUUCGAAACUCAAAAUAGAAAGGGGCAAUGAAUUGAGGAAUUGCUGGAUGGACAAAAUUUAGCAUGAUAUUGAGAGAUGUGGAGAAAAGGGUUCACGGCUGAAAAAAUCGUAAGACAUUGAUGGUGAUGACUAAAACUCUUACUGAUUUAUUAAGCCACACAAUAAUGAUGAACAUUCCUGCCUACUACAUUAAAUUUAUUUAUAUAUUAUUGGUAGAGCACUAAAACUGAAACUAUUCUUUAAAUAUUGUAAUAUUUUUAAAUAAGAAACAAUAACUUGUCUAUUCGUAUGUUAACAAUACUAGUAAAUAAUUAUUACUUUUCAUUAAUAGGUUAAGCUUUAGAUUUAGCAAAACCAAUUUUUAUAUUUCACUGAAUCGUAAUCAUUAUCAAUAUGGAUCCAGCAUUACUGAAAGAAAGAGAGUUGUUCAAACUUAAAGCAUCAGCUAUUCCUGUGUUAGUACAUUAUCAUAAUAUUCUUAAAUUGUAAAUAACUGAUUAGAUAAAAAAUAUUGUGAUAAUAACUAUUCUAAUUCUAGAGUUGAAAAAAGAUUAAAAGAGGACACCAGCAAUAGAGAUGAAGUUAAAAGAAAAUCAAAACCAUUACCAUCUAUGCCUAGACCACCAUCACCACCAAAUGCUUCAAGUUCCAUCAAGUAUGAACUUUUCUUUGAAUAAUCUUUGAAUAUACACUAUUUAUUUUUUAAAUAAUUAAAUUAAUAUUUAUAAAAAUGACUGUAUUAGUUAUAAAUCAUAUGGUCAAAGUUCUCAAUAUAAAUUUGGUGUACUAACCAAGAUUGUUAAGUAUAUAAGAGCUAGGCAUCAAGAUGGAGAUGAUCAUCCAUUAACAAUAGAUGAACUAUUGGAUGAAACUAAUCAAUUAGAUGUGGGAGCUAAAGUCAAAACAGUAAAUUAAAUAUUUUUAGAUUUUUAAUUGUUUUAUAAUUAAUUGGCAUUUUUAAAUAUUAAGUGGCUGGAGGUUGAAGCACUCCCGGGAAAUCCAAAAAUUGAACGUACAUCUGAUGGAAGAUAUAUGUUUAAGCCUCCUUAUAAACUAAAAGAUAGAAAAGCUUUGUUAAAAUUACUAAAACAACAAGAUUUAAAAGGUUUAGGAGGAAUUAUGAUGGAUGACAUUCAAGAAUCAUUACCAAAUUGUGAAAAAGCUUUAAAGGUAACAAGAACUCUAAAAUAUGAUAAGACUAUUAUUACAUUAAUAUUUGUUUUUGAAUAGCAUUUACAAAAUGAAAUAUUAUAUGUUUGUCGGCCAGGAGAUAAAAAAAAAGUAAUGUUUUAUAAUGAUAAAUCUGCAACUAUUGAUAUUAAUGAGGAUUUCAAAAAAAUGUGGAGAAGCAUUGCAGUGGAAAAUAUGGAUGAUGAAAAAAUUGAAGAACAUUUAGAAAAACAAGUAUAUUUGCCAUAUUUUACAACAAACUUUUUAGCUGAUAUAAUAUUUAAUAUUAAAAUUGUACAGGGCAUAAGUUCUAUGCAAGAUAAUGGUAUUAAAAAAGUUAAUCAUAUAAAAAGGAAGAAACCAGUGUCAAAGAAAAGGAUUUCCAAGAGACCAAGAGAUAAUGAACAUUUAGCAAAUGUAUUAGAAGAUUAUGAUACACUGUAAAUGUUUGUAAAAUUAUAUUUUUAUUUGUAUUGUUAAACAUUACUUGUAUUAAAAAGUUGUAAGAAAAAAAGAUAUUUUUAAUAUUUUUAUACAACAGAAUAAUUUUUAAACAAAUAUUUGUAUACUAAACUGUGUUUUUUAAAAAUUUUUAAUAAUUGUGUCAAUAUCCAUAAGAGCUUUUAAUCGUAAUGGUAUAGUCCCUAAGCUCACUAGCUUGUCAGGUUUUUCAGCUUCAACUUUUGUAAGGCUAAAUAAUUCCUAAACAAAAUAUAAUUGCAUGACGAGUUAAAAUCAAUUCUAUUUAUUCAUUUAAAUAUGUAAAUACUUAUAUAAAUAAAUCAAGUUACCUUAUGAUGUUUAUCUUCAUUAGCUUUUAAUAAUUCAUAUUCUUUUCCAUUAAAAAUUAAAACAACACGGCCAGAUCUAUAAUAUUGUACUUUACCAAUUGGUUUCCCAGGAUUAUUGGCUUCUAGGUCGUUCUGGUAAUAAAAAUAUGCAUUUAAUAUUAAACAUUUUAAUUGAUUUAUUAUUAUUGUAAUAUUACUUCAACUUUAAUAUUGUGUUCAUUAUAUUCUAUUUUAAUAGGUACUUCAGUUUUUGGCAUAAGCAUUGUUGUAUCACCAUUCCCGUUUUCAGUUAGAUCAAUAUCGGUAAUUUUUGGUUCAGAACUAAAUGAAGAAUCAUAAAACUA